GCAACAUAGCAAGGAAAGGGGAUUUUUUCUGUGUAAAUACUUGGGAGUAAUGUAACUUCCAGCUGCAGGAGAUCACGUCAUUUUUAAAUGACAGAAGAGAAUGGAACACCCUGAGAACAAACAGAACCAGAGAAAUAGGGGAGGAGCCCCAGACUGAGUCAUCCUUUGGGCCUGCAAUAGAAUUAUAGUCCUCUAGAGAUUUAUAGCCUGGGCGGAUUGCUCUAGUUUGUUGGAUUGGACUAGGCAGAGCAGCACUAGGAAAGUUAAGAUAGGGAAAGACUUUGGACCACAACUUCUACAACAACUUGACAGCCAGCAUGUCUCAGCCUGACGAGGGAGAGCAGAGCCGACCAGAGGUAAGAGAGGAAGAUCUCGUUGAAGCAAAGGAUAAGCUAGGUCUCAAAGGGGAGGUGAAGAGCAAGACCUUUGAAGUGAUGGAAGAGUGUGAGCGUGUUGGGAAGGCUGCCCCGUCAGUGUUCAGUGGAGCGAGGUCAGGGGCAGAGACUGCCUUCAACAAACCACCCACUCGACCAAUCCGGAAGUAGAAGAAGC